CGAAACACAAUUGAUAAUAGAAUGUUGUCCGGAUUAUGUUAACCAGAAUGGAAAAUGUCAAGCAUGUCCAGCAGGAAAAUAUGGGCAAGAUUGUUCGCUGCCAUGUAUGAAUAAUUACCAUGGUGUUCAGUGCAAAAAGCUAUGUAACUGUGCAGAUUAUAAGAAGUGUGACCCAGUUCAUGGCUGCGUUUGCGAUACAGGGUAUACCGGUUCAGAAUGCUCAAAUGCGUGUCCAUCCGGAAGAUACGGUGUGAACUGCAGUGAGGAAUGUUUAUGUGCAAAUGAUGCUGAGUGUGAUACUGUAACUGGUGACUGUUUAUGUUCUGCGGGAUGGUUUGGAGAUCACUGCACAAGUACAUGUCCAGCUGGAACAUACGGUGUAAACUGCAAAGAGGAAUGUUUUUGUGGACAUGAUGCUAAGUGUGAUCCGGUAACUGGAGGUUGUUUAUGUACUGCUGGAUGGUAUGGGGAUUACUGUACAAAGGGAUGUCCAAUUGGAAAAUUUGGGAAGAAUUGUAGUGAGAUUUGUGCCUGUUCUGAUGUUGAUCAGUGUGAUGUACUAACAGGACAGUGCAUACAAUGCAACCCUGAAUCUGAUAAAGGGGAAUGCAAUUCCCAUAAAGCAUGUCCAGCUGGAACAUACGGUGUAAACUGCAAUGAGGAAUGUUUUUGUGCAAAUGAUGCUGAGUGUGAUCCUGUAUCUGGAGGUUGUUUAUGUACUGCUGGAUGGUAUGGGGAUCACUGCACAAAGGGAUGUCCAAUGGGAAAAUUUGGGAAGAAUUGUAGUGAGAUUUGUGCCUGUUCUGAUGUUGAUCAGUGUGAUGUUCUAACAGGACAGUGCAUACAGUACAACCCUGAAUCUGAUAAAGGGGAAUGCAAUUCCCAUAAAGAUGAUAAUAUAGUUAUAAGGCCUACAGAUAAAGGAUCAGGAAUAGUUGUUAUUGACAAAGAAGAAUAUUUUGAGAAACUAGAAGAGGAAAUAACAACCAAUGAUACUUAUUCUGAGACAGAAGGAACAAGACACAUGAAAUUACAAAAAAGGUAA